UAUUAGAGGAUUUUUCGUUAAUUAAAGGGGGUCUAAAAUUAAUAACAAGUAUGGUAAUUUUGGUAAUAUUAUACUUAGGGUUGGGGAUGGUAGUAGAAAUGGGAGAAGGAAGAGUUCCUGUUUUGCAUGAGGUUGGAGGAGAUAGAUAUGGUUGGCGAGUUAAUAUCAAUUUUACUAAUUGGGCUUCUCAUCAACACUUCUAUGUUGGAGAUUGGCUUUAUUUCGGAUUUGACAAGACAAAAGCAAGUGUGUUAGAAGUGAACCAAACAGGUUACCAGAAUUGCAUAGAGACUAAUUUCAUCACCAACAUAACAAAAGGAGGAAGAGAUGUUUUCAAUCUAACGGCUGCGAGGUCUUACUACUUCAUCAGCGGUCGAGGUUACUGCAAACGUGGCAUCAAGCUUAGCAUCACCGUCCAAAUUCCACCUCCUGAUAACCAUACAAUCAAUCCCGACCCUCCAUCGACUAAAUCUCCUUCUAUCAUAUUUUCUGAUGCUACAACCCGCAUCUUUUACCCGUUCCAUCAUUUUUCUAUCAUGAUCAUCAUCAUGAUCAUCAUAAGCUGUACAAUUCUAGCUUAGCUAUUCUGAUUAUGACACGUACUGUGAGAUCCAGCCGUUCAACAGGAUAUGAUCAAGUGUGCAACACUUGUCGUGAGAUGCUUGAGGAGUUUUACUCUAGUAGGA